AUGGUUCUGGUUCUCGAUGGAGGGAGCGCCUACAUAGCUACGGUGCUCACUAGCCAGGCUGCAUUAGCACCAAAGGUUACGGACAGACUUGAAGAAAUCGUUUCUAAGAAAACAACAUUCGUCACUUGGACGGAUUUCAACGAUGGGGAAGACUUUGGUAUCGCCGAGGUCAAGCGGGCUAUCCGGACACCGAACAAGGAUCCUAAGAUUCUUUACCGCAAGGCUUCUGAGAUGGUGCGCUGGAUUUUGCACGAUUAUUGCCGGGAAAGAACACAAGAAUGCUCUUCCCAGUUAUUAUAUCGUCAUGAGAUCUUCAUCACCCUGAUCAACUGCCCCGAGGAGUACGUCGAGUACGUCUAUCAAGAAUACCUCAUCCAAUGA